AUGUCGGCUUCAACCACGCCUGAUAUGUGCUGGUUGUGGGGAGGCCUGGAAAAUGGCGUUAGGUCUAGUCCGCCGCUCCCAGCAGAUGAGUUCUUGAAAGGGCCAAAUUUUGUCCCAGCAAACCAAAAUGCAUGGUCUUUGGAGACUGAUAAUGCCGUUCGAGCACAAGAGCCAGAUCAUCGCCCAGCAACUCAACAACAGGUUGGUCAAUCAUCCAGUGAUUACCAGGGCAGCUCUUCAGUUAGUGAAGCAUCGGCUCUUCAGCCAUAUUGUAUUCAACAGGCUGGUGGUUUCAUGGGUGGAUAUUCACAGGGCUAUGUAAGUGAACAGCAACCAGCUUAUCAUGCAGCUCAUCCUGGUCAACAUACUCAGUAUCAAGAAAAUCAGGGCAGUUCUUCAGACAGUGAAUCAUGGGCUAUACAAACUUUUACGGGUCGAACAUCGGCUACUCAAUCAUAUGUAUGUCAACCGCCUGAUGGGUAUACGGGCGUUCAUUCACGUGGUUAUCAAAGUGGCCAAAGUGGUCAAGAUGAUCAGUAUUAUUAUGACUAA